AUGAAGGAAAAGGUAUUCUGCGCGAUCCCGGAAGGGGUCGAAGUUGAUGAAGACUUUGACUGCUCUGAACUGGUCAAAGCGAUCUACGGACUAAAACAAGCAUCGCGUGUAUGGAACGAGACUUUCCAUGAGUUCGUCUGCUCCACUGGAUUUCCAGUAUCCGAUUUUGACCCGUGUCUUUAUCUCAAGAUUACAAGUGGCGACUCGACUGAACUGAUCAUGCGCACCAAGAGUGACUUAAAGGCGCGUUUCGAAAUGACUGACAGCGGCAAGUGCGCAUUCGUGUUGGGCAUCGAGCUGGUGGACCACGACAACGGUAGCGUGACGAUGUGCCGGCGACGCUACGUGGAAGAUGUUCUCAAGCGUUUUGGCAUGAGCGACUGCAAAGCCGUCACCAGCCCAACAGACAUCAGUUCUCGACUCAUACCAAGCACCGCAGCAACCACAAUCGACACCCCGUUUCGUGAAGCAGUAGGCGCUUCAAUGCACUUGAUGACCGCGACACGACCGGACAUUGCCUUUGCUAUAGACUUCUGCGGCGACUCGGAUGCAGACUGGGCCGACGACCGUGCAAACCGCAAGUCGACUUCGGGAUAUGCGUUCAUCCUGAUAAGUGCUCCGGUGAGCUGGGGAAGCAAAAGGCAGUCAAGUGUGUCGCUGUCAACAAGUGAAGCUGAGCACGUUGCACUAAGUCUGGCGAUUUAA